UACAUCCACAUCACCUCCUCCAUUGCCAGGCAGGCCAGCGCGUGCCUACCUCCGACAACCAACACCACAUCCCUCCACAUCUGAGGCAAGACAGCCGCACUGAGCAAAAAUGCAGGUCGCUUUUAAGUCAUCGAGCACGGUGCAGCGCUCGGGCGCGCGGUCGAGCACCCGGCGCUCCGUCCUGCGCGUUGUUGCGCAAGCGGGCCCUGUUUCUCGCCGCGACCUGCUGAGCGUUGCCCUGGUCGCUGGUGCCGCCCCACUGGUGCUGGGCGCCCAGCCCGCCUCCGCCGCUCCGCUGCCGGUGACCCAGAUGCCUGUGGAGCAGCUGGGCCUGCUGCAGAAGCAGGCGCAGCUCAAGGAGUUCCGCACCCGUGCGGAGGCCGCUAUCAAGGAGGUUGUGACCACCGAGGACGGCCCCCUCUGUGUGCGCCUGGUGCUCAACGACGCCGCGGACUGGGACCCCGUGACCAAGACUGGCGGCGUCAACGGCUCCAUCGUGACCCCUGAGGCGCUGGCCCGCCCCGAGAACGCCGGCCUGGAGGUGGUGGUGGCCAAGCUGGCCAAGGCCAAGGCCAAGAUCGACGCCGCCGGCGCCGAGGACGGCGCCGGCCCCAUCUCCUGGGCGGACCUGAUCGUGCUGGCGGCCAAGGUGACUACCCAGUCCGGCUGGUCUGCCACCAAGGUGUCUCGCGCUCAGAUUGCUAGCGGCGGCGAGGUGAUUGCCGGGCCCGCCUUCUCGGCUGCCUGGCCUGUGCGCCUGGGCCGUGUGGACAGCCCCGCGGCCGCGGCCGUCAAGGUGCCCACCUACGACUCGCCCGUGGCGGAGAUCAAGGCCUUCGCUGCCACCCUGGGCGCUAAGCCCGGUGCCAGCAGCGGCUUCCUGGCCGCCAAGCCGCCGAUUUGGGAGCGCCCCGCCUUCGUGCUGUGGACCGCUGGCGCCGCCAACCCGGCUGUGGAGGAGGCGCGCUGGGUGAGCGAGGACCCCGCCACCUUCAAGAGCGUCAAGGAGAUGUACGACCGCUCCCGGCGCACCGUGACCCGCACUGACUACGAGGUGGACUUCGUGGACUACUUCACGCUGCUCACUUCCUUCGCCACCUUCAAGCCCGACGCCUACCUGCACCCCGAGGCCGUGACCGCCAUCCGGUUCUAAGCAGCAGCAGACACGCAUGUGACGUGCUUGACUUGACGAGCAGCCUCGUCCGUGGUACCCACGCUAUCUGAACACAAACAUUGGAUUUUGCGGACGUGCCGAGGAGGAGCUUAGGAGGGCGCACGGCGUGAGUGCGGUGGGAUCGGGUGCUCGUAACGUCGUACGUGUUGCAUGCACGCAUUUUGGGUGAGCGCUUGUGGCACGACACGAUAGAUGAGCGUGAAUCAUUUUUUGUCAAGAGACCGGUCCGUGCGUCCACCCAACCGGCCACGUCAUGAUUUGCGGGGAUGCCAAAGGCCCCCAACAUAGAGGCGUGUGCAAUUUGCGUGUGCUUAGUAGGCGCCCGCGUCAAGGUGGCUGGGUUGAUAACGACCCGGGAGGGGAGGGCUCAGCCCUUUUCCUGCCUCCCUAAGGCAGCCACCUCCUUGUUGUCAAGAGAGACGUUUGUGCAGAGUGUUCGGGCAAGGUGCUCCGAUUUUGAGCGAGUUGUGGCCCCCAUGCAUGACGGGGUGAGCGCGGGAAUCCCCUGAUGCGCUAGGUCGCCUGAAACAAGGUAGCCGUGCGGUGUCGACACGGCUGCUGAAGGCCUGCUGUCCCCAGCUGCCCAAUGCAGCUCUCAAGGUACUGCGGGCCUGCGAUCGUGAGAUAAAUGGGAUGCAUUGCCGUUUCACGUUGGGCACUGCAUGCAUUCCGUGUGUGUGGAAGCGCUGAACGGACAGCCACAGGUGCUGGGGUACACGAGUACGCCAGUAUGACCGGCUCUUAGAAUGAUUCCCGUCCAGGACCCUACGCCGACGUGCGCACGUGAUCCUCGCAUCAUAGGCAGCCCGCCUAAUUUCUUCACCCUCACAGCCGCCAGAAGGGCGUGACAGGUCAACGCUGCACCGUACACAGCUCUGCUUGCCGCGUCUGCACGCAAAGCAAUGCCCUUUCUGCCCGCCCGCCCACGCCUACGACAGCAUGCAUUGCAGGGUGGCAGCAAGCCAGCCCGGCCAGCCCGCUAUCCAGUCGCCACCAUCACUCAUCAGGGUUCUCCCCCCCAAACAAAUGAAUGCAGGCGCCCCGAUUGCAGCACUCAGUCAUCGGAAGUACCGGUACGAAGGAAUCAACACACCCUCAUCUGUGCGUAUGCAUGUGGAUCACCAUCGCGGGAUUCCUCAUCUCUGCAGACCACUUCGGGCCU